CCCCCACCCGAGAGGCUCCGCUCCACUCAACACGCCCCCUCCCCAGGAGAGCCUCCCCACCCUGGGAUGCCAUGAGUCAUCCCUGCUCCUGAUGCUGUUGCUGCUGCUGCUGCCCCGCUGCCGCCGGCGGUCUGGAAGCUGCUUCCCCGGCGUCAGUCCGGACCCUAUUCAGUGGGCAGAGCUUUGCCCGGGUAGCGUAGAGGGCCUCGGGGAGUGGUCCCUCCUGCCUUGGAAGAAGGAGGAGGAGGAGGAAGAGGAGGAAGAGGAUGCCUCUCUUCAGGACGGCGCUGCGAGUCUCCAACCGCUCCAUUCUGGUCUUCAUCUUCAUCUUCUCCUUUUCUUCCUCUUGCCUUUAUUUCAUCUAUGUGGCUCCCGGCAUGGCAAAUACAUAUUUAUUUAUGGUACAAGCACGAGGUAUAAUGCUGAAAGAAAAUGUGAAAACAAUAGGACAUAUGAUCAGACUGUACACUAAUAAAAAUGCUACAAUAAAUGGCACAGAUUAUCCUGAAGGCAACAGUACAAGUGAUAGUAUUGCUCAGACAGUGACGUAUCUUCCAGAAAACUUCACUUAUUCUCCUUCUCAAUCUUGUCCAGAAAAAUUGCCCUCCAUGAGAGGCUUUAUUGAAGCAAAUAUGAGUGAAAUUAGUUUGGAAGAAAUUCAACAAAUGUUUUCUAAAGAUUUAGACAUUGAACAAGGUGGUCACUGGAAGCCAAAAGACUGUAAACCACGUUGGAAGGUUGCAAUACUCAUCCCUUUUCGCAAUCGUCAUGAACACCUUCCUAUAUUUUUUCGACAUUUAAUACCAGUGUUGAAGAAGCAGAGGCUAGAAUUUGCUUUCUAUGUUGUUGAACAGGUAGGAACACAGCCUUUUAACCGAGCAAUGCUGUUUAAUAUUGGCUUCAAAGAAGCUAUGAAGGACGGUGAUUGGGACUGUGUAAUCUUCCAUGAUGUGGAUCAUUUACCAGAAAAUGAUAGAAAUUAUUAUGGAUGUGGUGAAAUGCCACGUCACUUUGCUGCAAAAUUGGAUAAAUAUAUGUACAUACUUCCAUACAAUGAAUUUUUUGGUGGUGUAAGUGGGCUAACAGUAGAACAAUUCAAAAAAAUCAAUGGAUUUCCAAAUGCUUUCUGGGGAUGGGGAGGAGAAGAUGAUGACCUUUGGAACAGAGUCCACUCUGUAGGAUUUAAUGUGACAAGACCAGAAGGAGAACUUGGGAAGUAUAAGUCAAUUCCUCAUCACCACAGAGGAGAAGUUCAAUUUUUAGGGCGAUACAAACUAUUAAGAUAUUCCCGAGAGCGUCAGUUUAUUGAUGGUUUAAAUAAUCUAGUAUAUAUGCCAUCUAUAUUUGCCAAUAAACUGUAUACUAAUAUCACUGUAAACCUGGUACCAGAACUAGCUCCUGUUCAAGAUUAUUGAUGGCAUAGCAGAAUAAACUACUGGAUCUACAUUUUGUAACACUGGGAAAAUACUAAAUCAGGUAUUUCAAUGACUGCACAAUCAUGUGUCAAUUAGUGAAUGCUUCACAUUAAGAAACCAAUAAGUACUCAAGCCUUGUUAGCUUUUCUGUAGAUAAUAAAUACAGCAUGCUUAGAAAUCAGGAAAAUUCCUUUCUCUAAGAAAGUGUGCAUUCAAUGAAUUAUUAUUUUUUUAAUGUUUUCCAUAUCAUGUAAAUAUCUGUUAAAAUAUUAGGCUUUUGACUAUGGCAGCAUUCUGCAUGUUUUGGAAGUAUUUGUGUUUAAUAUUUCUAGAAUUUAGGCAUGAAAUGUAAGCAAUUAAAUCUAGACAAAAAUUUCGAAUGAUUUAUAGCUGAUUUAUAAAUAUGGCUAUCCUGUUAUAAUAAACUUUUCUGCUUAUUUUGAGCUACAAGCCUUCUGUGUAACACUUAUACCUGUGAUUUUGCCAUCAAACCUAUGAUAAAUAAACCUUUAAUCUUUAUUCUAUCUAUUAACCAGGGAGGUUCCCUGAAUAUGCUUGAAAGAAUAUUAUUUAUGCGUAUUCCAUGCAUGGAAACCCAUCUAUAAUGUUGCAUUUCAUUAUGGCUCUUAAUGUGUCAGUAGUGUUAAUGUCAGAUUUAUAUUUUGGUCUAUUUUCAUAUUGCUCUUUUGUGGAUUUUUGUAAUAAUCAACUUCAUUCCAUCCAAAAUCAAAAGACCAAUGAAUUAGAAGACAAAUGAAUGUUAAUGGAAGGAAGUGAUGGGGUAAAGUGUUUAUAUGAGUAACAAGUGGAAUGUUCAGAGUAAUUGAUGUUGGUUAAUCUUUUUCUCAUUGAAAGUCAUUGGCACUGGAGUCAACCUGAGGAGAAAUGUGUUAAAAUUUAUUUUAAACCAAUUGCCUUUAAUGUUAAAAGUUUUCCAUUCCUUUGUAAACAGUGCAUUUUAUGCAACAAGCUAAGAUUCUUCUGUUUAUGACUUAAAGUUGGGAUGAACCUGGUUGCUAUUUUACAAAGUUAUUUUGUUCUUGUUUUUUGUGCCCAGUACACAAAACUUAGGUAUGUCUCAUUCUAGUUUUUAUUGGACUGGAUGAUGAUUGACAUAUAGCAUCCUUUUUUGAGUACUCUUCUUUGAAUACUUGAGCUAUUAUCUUUACAGAGUGAAUCACUCUGUUCUAAUACAGGCAUUUCAAUGUUGAAUGUAAUUAUGAACCAAGAUUAAACAUUUGGGAAUCGAAGAAUUACUUCUUUUUCCUUUCAGAAUGGAAAAAUUCAUUGUUCAACAUCUAAAAAAGAGUAAAAUGGACUCAGAUGUAAUUUACAUUAUGGAUUAGUUCUGUAGGUGUCUUGCAGUUGUUUGGGAUAAAAAUUACUUUGUUUUUUUCCUUACAACAUCAGCAUAAGAACUGAUUGUAGGCUGCUCAUUAAAUAUAAAAAGUGAUGUCUAUCGUUCCAAAUAAUUUGUAAUUUGAAGAUAUUAAAAUGGAACAAAGUGACUGAUAAAUACAUAAUUUUGACAAAAUUAUAUGAAUCAAGCAUGCCAAAAAACCCCUUAAUCUUUAAAUCUAGACACUAUAUUCUGUACAUUUUUUCUCAAUUCCCAGCUAGUGGAUUUUUGCAAAGCUAAACAUGGUAUUUAUAACAUCCUGUCCUAAUUCAGUUCUGUAUGACAUGGUUUGAAUGGAAUGGCUUGUCUUAAAUAUUUCCAACUUGAUACAUAAGUUCAUAAAAACUGUGUAUGGAAAAUGCAUGUUUGCAUACACUUUAAAAUUAUAUUUUUAACCUUGCAGGAAAGAAAAACGAUAUCUUUUUGCUCAAUUAUACCAUUCUGUAAUAGAUCUUUGUAUGCCAUGAUAGUUUAAAUUAAUUUGUACUUGGACUUGGAAGUCAUUUACUUUCUUUGUGACCUUUAGUGUAGAACCAUUGAUAGCCUGGUUUUGUUCUCUGGUUUAAGCAGGGUGCCCUGUUCUGUAGAACAGAUUUAUCGUGAGUAAGACAAAUACAUUUCAGUUGAAACUCUAAAAAUCAUGUAAAUAAUGAAGGCCUAGUAAGUGGUUGCAUACUGCUGAUCUAGUUUAAGCACAGUCCUCAGCAAGUCCUGAUUAAUACUUAGGUGGGAAAGCUCCAAUCAGAACAGAAGGCAAUAGCAAAUCACUUCUUUAUAGAUAGUCCUCACUUACUGAUUGCAAUUGGGAUAGGCAACACUAUUGCUAAACUGUGUUAUCAUGAAGUGAAAAAUCACAUGAUUGAGCCUGACAGUCUGUCAAUUCUAGCUAUGGUCAUUACAGUAUGUAAAGCACAUACACUCAUUAAGCACGAUGUCACAUGAUAUGACUGUGACUUCUUGCUGGCUUCUCCAUUGUUUGUUGGAAGCUGACAAAGAAGGUUGCAAAUGCUGAACAUAUGACUCUGGGACACUGUCACCAUCGUACAUGCAUGUCAGUUGCCAAGCAGAAAUUACAAUCAGGUGACUUUGCAGAGUUCUAACAGUUGCAAUUUAGAGGAUUGGUCUUAAGUUUCAUUAUUUAACACCGUCGUAACUUUGAAAGGUCACUGAACAAUUGGUGGUGCUAUGAAAGGUACAUGAGUUUGUUGAUGAAAUCAUUAGUUGCUGAAAUUCAGCUUGGAGAAUUUGCUUGUACAAAAACCUUAAUUAUUUUGGAUUUUUCUUUAGUUUUCCUGACACUAUAUUUUAGGCUGAAAUGAGCUUUUGUCUCAUUGUCUAUAGUGUUAUUUUUUGUCUUGGAUUUUAGGUCUGGUUCUUCAAAUGAGUGAAACAUUGUUUGAUAUUUAUAUGUACAAUAAAUGAGAAAAAUGGUACUCAUACGUAUAAGGCGAAGUGUACUUAAUCUGAUCUUAUUUUUUCAGGUGAAAGAAGCACAUUAAAUGUAUUAACAUGUUCUCAAUACCGUACAGAAUUAUGCUAUCACUUAUUAUGUUGCUCAUUAAAAUAUUUAUACUUUUUAAA